UUGUAACUAACUUUUCACAUUUCAGCUGUACGUCUGCAACGGGUAUUUAAGAGAUCGGCGUUUUUUAGCCUUGCUUUUGGCUCCUUUGGAAUAUCGUACAAGAGCCCUUGAAUUCGUUGUAAUUUUGGUAAAAAUGUCAAUUAAUAAGAAGAGUGGCGUGUGGAAAUACUUCACCGAUGAGGAGGAUAAGAGAGUGAAAUGCAAGUUGUGCGGUCAGCAGUUGUCUGUGUCAAAUAAAUCCACUUGCAGUCUUAUUCGUCAUAUGGACAGACGGCACCAAUAUCGGUACAACAGGAAUUCUAGGCAGGAGCACCUUGAAGAAGAAGUACUUAUUAACAUCGAGGAUAACAGCCGUGAUCUCAUCAAGCCUCUUCCAAUGAAGAAGCAACGUCUAAGCAAUCAACAGGUAAUAAAAAUUAUUGUUCAAGAGUAUCAUCCCUUCAGUAUAGUAGAAGAAGUAAAACUUAAAAGGGUGUAUCCUUUGAAUGCCAAUUAUAAGCUUCUAACCAGUAAAACCAUUUUCGGGCAUAUGAGCGUACGUAAGAAAUUCUCUGACAAAAAGGAAUCAACUGCCCAAACCCACGGGAAC